AUGGGUAGGCUCAUCAAGAACCACUGGGGAAGGUUGAUCAUCCUCACUGCCUCAGCUUACCAGAUCGCGAGCGCAAUCGAAGGCUUCAUCUGGCCCAAAGUCUUCUGGGACUUCAUCUCCAAGAACUUGGACGCCGCCGUCGACCCGAUCCCCGUCCUCCAAAUCCUCAACUUAAUAAUGGGCCUCGUCGGUUUAGCCUGGGAAUGGCCACUAAAGCCACUAGCAGGGUCUUUGCCACAUCGCAGCAUCGAAAUCCGACUCAUCAUAUACCCACUCAGCGCUCUACUUGCGGCCCUACUAUAUCAGGGCACCGACCCUGCGAUAUACUACCUGGUCGGCAUUGGUGUGUAUUUUUGGGCCUACAGCGAAGGCGAGGUUGUAUGUCCGGAGCCUUGGACAUUACCAAAGAGGUCAAGGGUACUAAAAGCAUAA